GCGGGGCUGCGGGCGCCGGGGCGGCUCUUCAGCGUUUGCGCCGGCGGCGGCCGCGUCUGGCUAGGCUCCCCGCCUCCUUCAGACCCCCCGGCCCGGCGGCGCCCGCCUCCUUCGCUGCCACUCCGCCUCUCCCCACCCGCCGUCCCUUCCUUCUGCCCUUUCCUCCUUCCUCCUUCCCCUCUUCGCCGCCGCCCAGGACCGCCGGCCGGGGGACGAGCCCGGGGCAGCAGCCAGGAGUUUCCUAACCACCUAACCUCUCAGAACUGAACCAAAACGACAUUGUUGCUGAAGCACUUGUUUUUAAGGUAGAACUUUAGACUUCAUAGCACUGAAUUAACCUGCACUGAAAGCUGUUUACCUGCAGUUGUUCACUUUUGUUGAAAGUGACCAUGUCUCAAGUUCAAGUGCAAGUUCAGAACCCAUCUGCUGCUCUCUCAGGGAGCCAAAUACUGAACAAGAACCAGUCUCUUCUCUCACAGCCUUUGAUGAGUAUUCCUUCUACUGCUAGCUCUCUGCCCUCUGAAAAUGCAGGUAGACCUAUUCAAAACUCUGCUUUACCCUCUGCAUCUGUUACACCCACCAGUGCAGCUGCAGUUCCUUCUAACAUGGCACACCCUAAAGAGAAAACCCCAAUGUGUCUUGUGAAUGAGUUAGCCCGUUUCAACAAGAUUCAGCCUGAGUAUAAGCUUUUGCGUGAGCAAGGUCCAGCUCACGGUAAGGUGUUUACAGUGCAGCUCACACUUGGCGAUCAGCACUGGGAAGCUGAAGGAACUAGUAUUAAAAAAGCCCAACACACAGCUGCUGCCAAAGCUUUGGAAGGAACAAAAUUUCCUAAACCUAUAGUCCGCCCUUUUCGUAGCGAAGGAAGAAAUCCAGAAAGCAUAACCCCUACUGUAGAGCUAAAUGCACUGUGCAUGAGACUUGGGAAAAAACCAAUGUAUAAGCCUGUCGACCCUUACUCUCGGAUGCAGUCCACCUACAACUACAACAUGAGAGGAGGUGCUUAUCCCCCAAGGUACUUUUACCCAUUUCCAGUCCCACCUUUACUCUAUCAAGUUGAACUUUCUGUGGGAGGACAGCAAUUUAAUGGGAAAGGAAAGACGAGACAGGCUGCGAAGCACGAUGCUGCUGCGAAAGCCCUGAGGAUCCUGCAGAGCGAGCCCCCGCCCGAGAGGCUGGAGGUAAAUGGAAGAGAGUCAGAAGAAGAAAAUCUCAAUAAAUCUGAAAUAAGUCAAGUGUUUGAGAUUGCACUUAAACGGAACUUGCCUGUGAAUUUUGAGUCUUUCCCUCCAAAACAGGUUGCCCGGGAGAGCGGCCCACCCCACAUGAAGAGCUUUGUGACCAGGGUGUCGGUUGGGGAGUUUGUGGGGGAAGGUGAAGGGAAGAGCAAGAAGAUUUCAAAGAAAAACGCUGCUAUAGCUGUUCUGGAGGAGCUGAAGAAGUUACCACCCCUGCCUACAGUGGAGCGGGUGAAGCCUAGAAUCAAAAAGAAAACAAAAUCCAUAGUCAGGGUAAGAACGUGCCUGAAAGAAGAGGGCGUUUCCAUUGCCCGAAGACAGCUGGGGGUUUGGAAGCUACAGAGUGGCCCUGACUAUGGCCAGGGGAUGAACCCGAUCAGCAGACUGGCCCAGAUCCAGCAGGCGAAGAAGGAGAAGGAGCCGGAGUACGUGCUGCUCGCCGAGCGGGGCCUCCCGCGACGCAGGGAGUUUGUCAUGCAGGUGAAGGUGGGAAACCACACGGCAGAGGGCUCAGGCACCAACAAGAAGGUGGCCAAACGCAACGCAGCCGAGAACAUGCUGGAGAUCCUUGGUUUCAAAGUCCCGCAGUCUCAGCCCUCCAAACCAGCCCUCAAGUCAGAGGAGAAGACACCUAUAAAGAAACCAGGGGAUGGAAGAAAAGUAACGUUUUUUGAACCUGGCUCUGGGGAUGAAAAUGGGACUAGCAGUAAAGAGGAUGAGUUUAGGAUGCCUUAUCUUAGUCAUCAGCAGCUGCCUGCUGGGAUCCUCCCCAUGGUGCCCGAGGUUGCCCAGGCAGUGGGAGUCAGUCAAGGACAUCACACCAAAGAUUUCGCCCGGGUAGCUCCGAAUCCUGCCAAGGCCACGGUAACUGCCAUGAUAGCCCGAGAACUGUUGUAUGGGGGCACUUCGCCUACAGCCGAGACCAUUUUAAAGAGUAACAUCUCUUCAGGCCACGCACCCCACGGACCUCUGACGAGACCCUCUGAGCAGCUGGACUAUCUCUCCACAGUCCAGGGAUUCCAGGUUGAAUACAAAGACUUCCCCAAAAACAAUAAGAACGAAUUUGUAUCUCUUAUCAACUGCUCCUCUCAGCCGCCCCUGAUCAGCCACGGUAUCGGGAAGGACGUGGAGUCCUGCCACGACAUGGCUGCACUGAACAUUUUAAAGUUGCUGUCUGAGUUGGACCAACAGAAUACAGAGAUGCCAAGGACAGGAAAUGGACCAAUGUCUGUGUGUGGGAGGUGCUGAACUUUAUCUGGCCAUGAAUCAUUGAAAAAUCCCAACAUAUAUACUGAAAAUGCUGAAACUGCUUUGAAAAUUUGGAAUUUCUGAUACCUCCAGUGGGCCGAGAGACACAAUGGGUAAAGGCCUGGAGACGGCAGUGGUGAAGACGGCGGGACCCGAGGAGGCGGCGGCUGGGCGGCUCACAGCCACCCCGGCUCCCUUGGGAAACCGCAGGCCCGUGCCCCAGGCACCCGAGUGUUGGUUUUGGUGGGGUUCUGUUGUUUGUUUGUUUUGGGUGUUUUUUAUUUUUUUCUUGCUGUGCGGAAGAAGCAGCAGAAGGCACCGCCCCUUCUCAGACUGGCUCAGAACACUUGGGGAAACCCUGGACACCGCGCUGCAGAGGCCUCAGCCUGGUCCCGGGCUGAGAGCACCGGAGAAAAUCACACAUGCUUCCUGCCGGGCCGGCUCAGCCCGCUCUGGCCCACACCUCCCGCGGUACCCACGGUCACCACUGCUCUCUUCCAGAAGAGAGAUGUAUUCUUAGUUUCAUUAUUUUCUUUUGAUUGAAAUGACACUAUAUAAAUUUUCAUUUGAGAGUUUCUCCAUUGUAUCUAGUUACAUAGCACACUUUAGAAACUUGUCUGAGACUGACUGUAUCAGUAACCUAACCGGCAGAGGUCAUAUCCCUGUGUGUGUGGUUGUACAUUUUUAUUUCAUUGGACUUAUUCAACCCAGGACCAUUUCAGUGAUGCAAAUUGUGUGCCGUCUGGUUUAACUGAAACAGUCCUGGCCUUGACGAAACCUUGAUGAAGUCUCCCACAGUGGUAUAAAUUGGACAACUUAGGAAUUUUAAACUUUAACCGAUCAUUUGGUUCCUUUUCUAUUUUAUUUUUUGUUAAUGCACCAGGAUUUAAAUGAACUUCGAUCUUUGUUUUAAAGAUUAUUAAACAAAUUGUGUGUAUAUAAUACAACUCUUGAGGACACGUAGCUCUCACUACACUACAGGAUAUGGUCUCCACGUAGCACAUACACAACUGCAGAUUGAUUUUCCUUGAGUGCUCUAUACUGUUGGUUACAUCUCCAUGGAGGGCUGAAAAGAACGACCCAUGUUUCUCUCUGUAACUCUUGGUUCUGAUGUCGUGUUGCUCUGCACAGACAUGUGGGCGGUGAGGUCCCGCGUAACGGCCCAGACAAGCACGGUAGCCUUGCGAGUUAAGUACUGCUUGGAUUCAUUGUUUACGCUGGAAUUUUUUCUCCCCAUGGAAUGUAAGUAAAACUUAGUGUUUGUCACCAAUAAAUGGUAAUACUAAAUUUUUUUUUUUUUUUUUUUGUUAAUUUAUUCUCAAAUGCCACUACUGCUAGGUUGGUCCCUCCCAACCUGCCCCCAAUCCCUUUUUUAUUUUUAAGAGAAAAACUUUGUAAUGCUUGUGACUCCAUUUGGGCAAAAUUCUGAAGAUCUGAAAUAACUUUAUAUCAAAACCAUUGAUCAAUAAACAGCUACUAAUGAA